AUGUCGGCAGCUCUGUGUGUGACCGUGCUGACAGUCAACAUGUUCCUGAAUGUCUUCUGUCCUCCAGGAGUUUUGGCUGAUAGAUGUGAAGGUGUUAGAUCCAGUCACUUCAUCAGUGCACCAAAGAAGAUGGAAGCUCUGAGUGGAACUUGUUUGCUGAUCCCAUGCAGCUUUACUCCUAAAGAAUGGUACAUCAGUAGCAAAGUCUCUGCAGGUUGGAUUAAACGUGGAGAUGAUGUUUAUGACAUCAGUAAUUCAGUUAAAACCUUUUCAGCAAAGAUUAAAGGAAACCUGACAGAGACAAACUGCACCUCUGUGUUUUCUGGUUUUAACACGAAUCAUUCAGGGGAAUAUUUCUUCAGAGUCGAGAUGAGAUGGUUCAAGGCAACAGCUGUCUGUGAUCCUCUUCAUGUGACAGUUAAAGAUUCUGCCUGGAGUCCCAGCAUUAAAGUCUCAGGUGAUCUGAAGGAUCUGAAGGAGGAGGAGUCUGUCUCCAUCACCUGCUCAGCUCAGACUCCCUGUCCACACUCACCUCCUGAACUCACCUGGAGUCUCCAACAAGACUCUCAGAGAACAGAGAAGAACCCAGAUGGAACGUUUACAACUAAAAUCCAGAAGAACAUGAUUCUGUCAGACACACAUGAUGGAGACAACAUCACAUGUUCUGUCAGAUAUCCUGUGGAUGGAGGGAAACGUAAGAAGACAGCAGAAACAAAUCUGACUCUCAGUGUUUCCUAUGCUCCUAAAGACACCUCAGCAUCCAUCAGUCCAUCAGGUGUGGUGUCAGCAGGUAGCUGGGUGGAGCUGAGCUGCUCCAGCAGAGCCAAGCCUCCUGCCAGAACCUUCACCUGGUUCAGGAACAGCUCAGAGGGAUUCACCAAAGUUUCUGUGGGUCAGGUUUACAGGUUCAACGCCUCUGAGGGAGGAGAGUUUUACUGUGAGGCUCUAAAUGAUCUGGGUAAUCAGACGUCACCUGUGGUUCUUCUUAACUUAAAAGAUUCUGCCUGGAGUCCCAGCAUUAAAGUCUCAGGUGAUCUGAAGGAGGAGGAGUCUGUCUCCAUCACCUGCUCAGCUCAGACUCCCUGUCCAGACUCACCUCCUGAACUCACCUGGAGUCUCCAACAAGACUCUCAGAGAACAGAGAAGAACCCAGAUGGAACGUUUACAACUAAAAUCCAGGAGAACAUGAUUCUGUCAGACACACAUGAUGGAGACAACAUCACAUGUUCUGUCAGAUAUCCUGUGGAUGGAGGGCAACGUAACAAGACAGCAGAAACAAAUCUGACUCUCAGUGUUUCCUAUGCUCCUAAAAACACCUCAGCAUCCAUCAGUCCAUCAGGUGUGGUGUCAGCAGGUAGCUGGGUGGAGCUGAGCUGCUCCAGCAGAGCCAAGCCUCCUGCCAGAACCUUCACCUGGUUCAGGAACAGCUCAGAGGGAUUCACCAAAGUUUCUGUGGGUCAGGUUUACAGUUUCAGUGCUUCUGUUGAUGGACAGUUUUACUGCGAGGCUCUGAAUGAUCUGGGUAACCAGACGUCCCCUGUGGUUCUUCUUACUGUUGAAGGUUCAUCGAAUGAACUCCGGGUUUUGGUGGCAAUUCCAGUUGGAAUCAUUCUGCUCAUCUGUUUGGUUGUUUCCGUUUGGUGCUUCAAGUCCAAACGCCGAACUCCACCGGAGACUCAGGUUUGUGACAUCAUCAACAUGACCAGUAAGAGUUUUGUUCCUCCUCAGAGUCAAAGAGCUGAGGAGGUUGCCAAACAAAAACCAGCCAGUGGAGCAGAGGAAGAACUCCAUUACGGAGACGUGAGCUUCUUCAAGAAUCGACCUGAAGCUUCCUCCGCCUCAGAGCAGGACGGAGGACAGCAGGAGACGGUGUACGCACAGGUCAAACUGUCCACACCUGGAAACUGUUCCACUCAGACUGCAGGAGGUCCAGAGGAGCUCUACGCUCAAAUCAAGAUGUAA